UGGAGAAGCUGAAAACAACCAAGUUCUCGUUACCCAAAGCAGCAGCAAUAUUUGUUGUAAAUCAUGUAUGAUGAAAACAAGGCAGAGGAAGUUGAAAAUCAUGAAUUAUAGGAUAAAAGAUCAACAAAAUAUCUUUAAUUGAUGUGAGGGACUGGAGUACAUAUCAGAGGCAGUCUUUGUGGGACUGUGUGAUAUAGUGGGGACCUCAGAAGAGGUAGCAAUCAGGAGGGAGACACAGGACAUCAGGGAGAUGGUGAAUAGACGAGAAACACCGUAUGAUGGGACCAUUUCGAUGGUGAGUGGAAGUAUAAGAGAAGGGUUCAGACUGGAGGGAUCAGAUCUGGACUUUAUGUUCUGGCCAAACGACCACCGAGUGAUCAUGGACAUGUCUCGGUCUGAGUAUUACAACACAGCCAAUACAACCUUGAUUCUCUCUGACAGUUCCGAGAGUCCACCAGGAUUCACUCUACUUCAGUUACUGACACCAACAACAGACAGAGACGUCCAAUCAUCAUGUGUCAGAAUGAAUGACAGAGUCUAUAUAUCUAGUUCUACAUACAGACGGUUAACUUGUUCAGUAGUAGAACCUAAUUCUACUGUACACGGACCCUGUGCUAGUGGUAUAAUAGGAGGAAGACAAGAAUAUGACCAUGCCUUCUGUUUUGUUAGUGACUUUUGGCCUGUGUCUGCCUCCUCGUGGACAGACAGAUGUCACUCAUGGCCUGAUUCUGAAGUUGUCAGUUACAUUGUCAGAAAUGGAUGUCACUUUGUAGCAAUAGGACACCCAUUAGGACCCUAUUUAAAUGAAGAAUGGAGACUUUCUUUCUCUCAGGCAGAAUAUAAACUAGCUUACUCAAUGAAUCACUGUCAGUUUUUAACUUAUGGAUUGUUAAAACUUUUCUUAAAAGAUGUAAUGAAUCAACAAUCAGAAGAAACCAAUAAACUGUUGUGUUCCUAUCACAUGAAGACAACAAUUUUCUGGGCCAUUCAACAAAACACACUACCUCACUGGUGUCCACAAAAUCUCCUGGCCAGUUUCUGGGUCUGUUUUAAUCUCCUCCUUAGAUGGGUGUAUGAGGGAGUUUGUCCAAACUUUUUUAUCCCACAAAACAACAUGUUUCUGACAAAGGUCCAUGGCUCAGCACAAAACAGAUUGUUCCUACAGUUACAUGAAUUGUACAAGAAAGGUCUGGCCUGUCUGUUACAGAGUUCCUCUAUCAGGUCCUACAUCAUUGAUGUCCUGUACAAUCCCAGACUUUAUAUUUGUACAGAUGAAAGUAUAAUGAGGUGUGAAGUUGAUUAUGAUGUAGAACUUGUGAAAGAGUCCUUUAAACAAGCUGCUCAUCCAGAAGAUCUUUUUGUCCUUACCAAAUUCAUACACACAAUAGAACAGUUGGUAGAUUCACCCCUGACACAUUAUCAACUUGUUCCAUUACGCAUACUUACAGCUUCCUCAUUUCAGUGUACUGCAUUUCAAUUACAAAACAUGUACACUAACACAGGUGUCAACAAACAAAUGUAUAUUGCAGACAAAGUGUCUUGUCACAUGCUGAAAUUAGCAGUAAAGUUUGGGUGUGUUUCUGACAUGUUGUACACUGCCAUGUAUUAUCACAAGACACUCAGAUACAGGGAAGCUUUAUCUGUUGUAAACAUGACAAAGGUCAAGUUAGCACAGCCAUAUCUGAUGUAUAAUGGACGUGUAGACAGAGAGAGGUAUACUGAGGCUGUAGGGGGACAGUCCUGGUCUACAAAGAGCAGACAGGCUGUAGCAAUGGAUAUCAAACUUGACAAUGAUAUCUGUUAUAUCAGUGAACUAAUACCAGAACAACAGUCUGCUCUACAGAACAAGUCGCUCACAUUAUAUAUCCCAGUGUUUGUAAUGUUACACUUCCUAGAGUUCUUGUGUUACAGACACAUUGAUACAACAUUAUCACACGCAGCUCUAGAUGAGCUACAGGUCCUAGUCCACCAUGAUCAGGGACUGUAUGUAUCUUAUAUACAAAGAGACAUCACCUGGGAGAUCCUGGGGAUCUGUCAACAGAUCACAGGGAACCUCCAGGCUGCUCUAUACUCAUACCAACAGUCACUCACACAGGAUCCAUUCCACAAAAUACAAUCUGCUACACACAGGAGAAUACAGGAGGUAGUCUCAAACCAGUAAAUAAUUGCCUAAUUUGUUUGGGACAUCAUUAUAAGUUUGAAAGACACUAACAAAACUAAUACAUCAGAGUCUAUUUUAGCAACAUUUGACAACUGUACAUGUACUAUGCAACUUGUUUACUUCCUGUUGUUUGUUAGCAGUACGUGAAACAUAUGUAGUGUUACCUUUAAAUUAUAUUUUGCCAAAAUAUGACCCAGCUGAUCAUUAUUAACUAGUUUGAACAUUCUGAAACAGCAUUAGUUCCACUCCAACUGUACAAUAAUUAUUUUAGAGACAUUUUGCUGAUUUGGUGAGAAUUUAAACAUUUAAAGGCUGUUUAAGUUAACAAAUAUGUUUGAAAGUAAAGCUAGAUGCAUCAAUGUUUAAUAUGAAAUUGUGUAUUGUAAAAAAUGUUGGACUUACUUAAUGAAUAAAAUAAUAAUAAACCAGAUUGAUUUUAUGCUAUAAAA